AGAUCAGUUUGAAUAUAUUUUGGUUAGUAUUAUAAAAGUGUUCGCAUUUCAUAAUCAUCACAGCACGCGUUAAAAUCUUGAUUUUCUUAAGUGUGUAAGCGAACCAACUAAAAAAAAAAAAAAAUUAUAAAAAUAUAAAAGCAAAAUGGCGGAACAAAAGAAAGCUCCUCUUUUAAAGAAAGAGGAAGAUUAUGUUAAAGCCUUAGAAGGUUUCAUUAAUCCCGAGGCGGAUCAAGUGGCUUUGCUCUUGGAUUACGAUGGCACUUUGGCCCCAUUAACUGAAGAGCUCUCAGUUAUGCCUAAGGAUACCGAAAUCAAUAUAAAAAAAUUGGCUGGCAAUGAGAAAAUUUUUAUGUGUGUCUUCUCGGGACGUGAAUUAGAAGCCAUUAAGAAUCACUUGAAAUUCCCAAAUGUUACGUAUGCGGGCAAUCACGGGCUGGAAGUGGAAUAUCCGUCCGGAAAGAAAUUCAAGAUUGAAAUGCCCGAAGAACUAUUGGAAAAGCAUAAUAAAUUAGUAGAAGAAUUGAAAGAAAAAGUAGUGUGCUCUGGAGCUUGGGUGGAAGAUAAGAAAAUAUCUGUUACUUAUCAUUAUAAAGGAGUUAACGACAAAUUGAAAGCCAAAUUGAUAGAGACUGCUAAAGGUCUGAUUCAAGGUCACGGUUUUCAAUUGAUCGAAACCCCCUAUGCCUUGGAAGGCAAACCACGUGUUAACUGGGACAAGGGAGAAGGUGCCAAAAUGAUUUUGGAAAAACAUUUCAAUGCAGAUUGGGCUAAAAAUUUGAAAAUUAUUUAUUGCGGUGACGAUACUACCGACGAAGAUGCCAUGAAAAUGCUCCAUGGUAUUGGUAAAACAUUUAGAGUAUCUGAGUUGCCUACAUUGAAAACCUAUGCCAAUUAUCAAAUUAAAACCGUUGAAGAAGUCGGCUGGCUACUGAAAGCUGUUCAAGCCAAUUAUGAGAAAAAGAAGAAAAACUAAUUUCUCAUUACAAGUUUUCUUAUAUAUAUAUAUUCACAUCAAAAAAAUAUUACAUAGAGAAACUGAAAUAUUUUGUCACGAAUGGACUUGAACUUCUUUGAGCUAUUGAGUUAAAUGUUCUAAUCUAUGUAUAAUAAAUGGGUGCACAAAUGUAAGUACAUCGUUGAUGUUCGAAAGGCUUUUAAAUCAAAAUGUUUUAAUAACUUUUUCGUAUAUAAUAUUUUUGUAAACAUACACGCAUACUUGACAAAUGGAGAUAAGAAUGUUGUGUUUCAUGAGUUUAUUGACAAGAAAAACAAAAAAAUCUAAUAAUCGCAAUACAUGCGUAUGUAAUCGAAUCAACUGUCGCUUUUAUAUUGAGUAAAAUAUUAAAAUAAACUUUUUAUGUACUAAAAAUA